CUAACACUCCCCUUUUAGUUUUUUGUCUCCCCAAAUGUAAUUAAGGAAAAUAUUGUAAUGAGUCAUUUUGACGAAUGUGGAAUGUUAACGUUUUAUUGUCGUUGCAUAAUUCUUUCGUUCUUCCAAUGUUAUUAUGUGUUGUAUGUUAGCGAAUAAAAAACGGUUUGUUUUGUUUCAAAACGAGACGUGUUUUUCUUUGUUUUAAUUAUUUUUUAAUUAUCCUUUUCAAAUGUUUGCUAAUUUUUGUUAUAAUAGAAAGCAGAAAUUUUGAAAUUUUAGAACAGUAUACAAAUUAAUCAAACAAAUGUAUUUUUUAUAAAUUUGUUUAGUGACUGCAGCAUAAAAUGAAUGUAAAACCGUACUAUAAAACAUACUAAGAAAAUUAUUUGUUUUGUGUAUUCAAAAUUUUGAUGUUAUGAUAGCGUGUUGUUGAAGUAUUCGCUUGUCAUCCAAGUAGUUCAAAUUUAAACCCAAAGAUGGCGUUACCACAAAUUUUAUUUUUACUUCCUGAGCAUAAGCAAAGGAAGUAUUGCAAUCGACUCCGUCGGCCGACUCUCUACUUUUACAUUUUCUCGACCUUUCAUGACCCCUAGAAGACGAAGAAAUAAGUCUCCUGUUUCCGUCUGUGUGUCCGUCUGUCUGCGGUCCCCGAUUUUAAUUAGACAGAUAAUCUCCGAAAAUACUGGACCGAUUGUUGUGAAAUUUUGUAUUUAUGUUAAGAAUAUCAUGUAGAUGGUAAAACGCUAACCAAAAUUUGCCUAAUCAUCCCCACCAAUAAUGUGAUGACGAAGCUGUGAUGAUGGCUUACUUUCAAGAUCUGUCUGAAAAAUACAGCCCUAAUUCCUUGUGGGCAAAGUAUUCGUACUUGAAAGCGACUUUCCCGAUAAAUAAAAAUAUUGACAUUUCGAUUUUCAAACAAUUGAUUGCAGUCCUUAAGCAAAAGUCGAAGGGAUAUUCUCCCAAAAAAUCACAAGUCUUGACAGGGGAACAAGUUUUAACGUUCAUUAGAAAUGCGCCUAGCGAAACGCAUCUUUUGAACAAGGUGAUUCUAGUAAUAGGGGUAUUUGGUGCGUUAAGAAAAAUUGAGAUGGUGCAGCUCACUAUCGAAAAUGUUAUUGAUAAAGGAAUUGUUAUAUUAGUGCAAAUUCCAAAAACUAAAACCUAUGAAUCCAAGUCGUUUACUAUAAUAGAAGAGGGAGAAUUGGGUGCGUUGCAGUUGGUUCGGAAGUACGCAAGUUUAAGACCACUCGGUUUAGCAGAGAAAAUGCACAAACCGUUGGGAAAAAUCCGAUAGGAAGUGUUCCAUCUAUUAUUGCCCGCUACUUAAAAUUGGAAAAUCCGAAACAACAUACGGGACACUGUAUUCGACGCAGGAGGCAGUUUUGAUACUUUGAAAAGGCACGGAAAAUGGAAGAGCAUGACCGUGGCGGAGGGCCAUAUAACGGAUAUCAUGGCAACGAAAAAUAAAGCAGCACAAUUGAUUGCAAGUUCUGUUUCCUCAGCAAAAGGAUCUUCAUCAAACUUACUUCAAGAGAAAGCUAUCCACUUAGAAAAUUCUGUUUUAACCGGAAACUUUCAUUUACCAUCUGGAAUUGCUGCUUCUUCUUUGAUGUCAGGGACAUUUCAAAAUUGUAAUUUUUAUUUCGUUAGACAUUAGAAACUUUUUUGACUUUUGUACAUUCUGUUGUAGUUAUUAAUGUUGAAUAAAAUUGUUGAAAAAAUUGGAGGGCGUUAUGGUUCAUAACAGCCUCUCCUAAUAGCCUGGUUAUUGUAGAGUUGUUAAUGUGUCUGGUAUCAUAGCGAUUAUAAGAAAUAAUAGA